UGGUGGUGGUUGAAGGAGAGGGAGACACCUGAAAGGUAGGAGAUGAAGGAUGGAGGAGGGGAGUCGGUAGGUUGACAUUCAACUGGCGAGCAGCCGGAGCAGUUGAGGAGGACUGCUGGAUCUGUACUGGAUGAGGCUGAGCGUGUGAUGACGGAGCUGAAUGAGCCAGACUGAUUUUGCAAUAAAGAUUUUCUAUCAAACUGGACUUGUGACCUAUCUGCUGGAUAUGAGCACCAGUGAUCCCCGUGACCCUGAAAGGAAAGAGUACGAUGUAGAUGACUGGGACUUAUUCUCUCAUUCCCUGUCUUUAAAGUUGGAAUAUUACAGAUGUGUUGAGUUUAACCUGAAGUGGACCAGGCACAUGUCUCCCCGAUGCUCCUCCAGACUAUCAAAGGCCUCCAAGACGAGGGUCCAAAACCGUCCCAAACCAAGUCAAGAUGUUGCACCGGGUGAACCGAGACGUCAAACAAGGAGGACGCGACUGAGGAAUGCCGAUGGCUGCAAGGCUGAGGCAGAUGAUGAAAAGGACUUACUGGACCUCAUUGAUAGCAGUGGAGAAGAUGCUGUGGAGAUAGUUGACAACGGACUGGAUGUGUCUGAUGAGGACCUUGCCUCUGACUGCUGCAGCGUAGUUUCUGGUCCCUCCAUGGUCCGUCAUGCCCCCUCCAAAACGCCCAAGUCUUCUCACGGUUUGUGCUCAGCCUGUCGAGAACUCUACCAGAAGGCAAAGAGAACAAAAGCUCCAAUCAAAAACAAACUCCUGGAUAAUGCCCAAAACGGAUUCACAUGUUGAUCCAGAGCUGCCUGUUCAGCACGCUCCGUCAUCCMCUGCCCCGAAAACCAGAGCAGAGCUGGACUUCAAGCAGAAAGCUGAGGAGAAGUGUGGAUUCAAACAGCUGCUCGCUCAGCUGCGAGGCAACAGCAGCAUGAUUGUCAAAGAAAAAUAAAUGGUUUAAACAGGGUGAAGAUUGUAGAACUAAAAACUUGUGUUUUAAUUUGUUUUGUUGGGUCUUUGUUGUUGCCUAGGCUGAUUUUUGUUCUGUUGGGUUGUUGAGCCUAGAGUAGACUGAAGCUGUAUUAUUCAUCUACACACAGAGUUCUGUUUCUUAUAAAMCUUUCAGCACAGUAUUUCAAACAACCUAACUGUGAGUAAAUGGUGUUUUUUCCUUUUUUUACUUUGCUUUUACAGCUUGCCUUUAACUUAUUUCUUUAAACAUAAUUCAUUAGUGGCUGACUCCAAUGUUGCAGGUAGAAACAGUCAAAACAUUUAUUUUGAUUUUCACUCAAAGCAACUCACCAAGGAGUUAAAACUUCAAGAGUUUUAAAAGGAAAAAGAAAGUCAGCCAUCAAAGGAAAGAAAACAUCCGAACUGUUGAUCACAGUGGAYUGAAAUUAAUAAAGUUUUACAUUAUUUA